AUGGUUAAUGUGAGAAACGCAAGCUGGAUCUGGAAAUCGUUGUGUAAGCUGAGACCUAUAGCAAGACCCUUCAUCCAGUGUAGAGUGGGCUCGGGGAUCACAGCAAAAUUUUGGGUAGAUAACUGGACGUCAUUGGGGCCGCUGAUUGAUGUAGUGGGAGAGAAUGGACCUAUGAUCACUGGAGUGAAUCUUAAUGCGGUGGUGGCAGAUGCGUUAAGAAAUGGAGGUUGGAUCUUUGAGAGGAGUAGAAGCAGGAACCCUAUUAUCUCCUUCAUGAGGGAGAGCCUUCCUGCCUCUCAACCGAUCAUUGAAUCAGAGGAAGAUGAUCAAUAUGUUUGGGUUACUAAUAGGCAGAAUGGUUCGGAGGCAUUCUCCACUAGUGUAACUUGGAGGAGUUUAUUCCCUUGCAACACAGAAGUCUUUUGGCACAAAGAGAUCUGGUUUACAGGGCGUAUUCCGAAGCAUGCCUUUAUGUCUUUGAUAGCAGCAAGAGACAGGAUGGUUACUAGAGAUAGACUGAUCAGUUGGGGGUUGCAAGUGCCUACGGUCUGUGUACUAUGCGUGAGAGACGACGAGAAUAGGCAGCAUCUCUUCUUUGAUUGUGUUUUCAGUAGGCAGGUGUGGUCUCACUUUGUUGACAGAUUACACCUCUCUCCUCCAGCACAAUUCGAGAGUGGGUUGAGAUGGCUGAAGAACCCAUCAAGAGACAAGAAUGUGAAGCUGAUAGUGAGGCUGCUUUAUCAAGCUUGUCUAUAUCUGAUUUGGAGGGAAAGAAACUCGAGAAUACACUCUGGAAAUACUCGAUAA